AUGGAUACCUCAAUACACUUUGCAGAUGCAGACCUGCAUCCAGUUCGAUCGUCGCAGUCCGUGGGCGGAGUAUAUCCUAUGCGCUCACGCACCAAGUCGCAUGCGAAUCGGACUUCGGUUGAUGCGAAGAUCAGCGAACUGGAAGACGCGGAAGACGAAGAUGCAGGUCUGCGUGAUGAGCGCGAUUUUAAGCGCAGUCAGGUCUUCAGUCUGACACAGAUCCUCGUCCUUGCAUACCAAUCCACCGGUGUCAUCUAUGGCGAUAUUGGAACAUCACCGCUGUAUGUUUACUCUUCGACGUUCACGGAGGCGCCUAGUCGCAUCAAUCUGCUCGGUGCCCUUUCGCUCAUACUUUGGUCUGUCACCUUGAUGGUGACGGUCAAGUACGUCUUGAUCAUCCUCCGCGCCGACAACGAUGGAGAGGGCGGAACUUUUAGCACAUACUCUCUUCUAUCCAGAUAUAGACACAAUACCGAUACUCUGGGCCGAUCCACAAGGAAUAUUCGCUCGACCAUUGAAAAGUCCAAAUUCUUUCGCGGCCUACUGCAGGUCAUCGGUGUACUAGCCGUAUCGAUGGUCAUGGCUGAUGGUGUUCUGACUCCAGCUCAAUCCGUCUUGGGUGCCGUUCAAGGUCUCAAUGUCGUCAAGCCUGACAUCGAGAAGUCCACCAUCAUCGGUGUCACAUGCGCCAUCCUCGUUCUGCUGUUCGUCGUGCAGCCGCUUGGUGUUACGAAAUUAACGUUUGUCUUCUCGCCCAUCGUCAUCAUAUGGCUGGCUUUGAACGCUGGAUUCGGAAUAUACAACCUUGCCAACUAUGACUACGCGAUCCUAAAAGCUUUCAAUCCUUUCUACGCAUUCGACUACCUCAUACGGAACAAAUACGAAGGCUGGCGCAGUCUCGGCGGUAUACUCCUGGCCUUUACAGGCGUCGAAGCUCUGUUCGCAGAUAUCGGUGCCUUCAGUCGCCGUGCUGUACAGAUCAGUUGGCUCGGAUACGCGUACCCUUGUUUACUGCUUGCCUACAGUGGUCAAGCUGCCUACAUCAGUGUGCACCCGGAAGCAUACUCCAACCCCUUCUACAACUGCGCUCCGCCAGGAUGGCUCAUCUUCUCGCUUAUUGUAGCCAUCGCUGCUGCCAUCGUCGCGUCUCAGGCCAUGAUUACGGCGACGUUCCAGCUCCUGACCCAGAUCAUGAAGCUUUCGUACUUCCCGCAGAUCAAGGUCGUUCACACUUCGACAACGUAUCACGGACAACUGUAUAUCCCUAGCAUCAACUGGCUACUGAUGAUUGGCACUGUACUUGUCGCUGCGAUCUACAACAACACAACAUCCUUGGGUAACGCCUACGGUGUAUGCGUCAUGUUCGUCACGUUCUUUGACACGUGCAUGGUUACACUCGUUGCGAUCUUGGUGUGGCGCAUCAAGCCAUACUUUGUGCUUCUUCCUUGGCUCACUAUCGCUUGUUUGGAUGGUACCUACCUGUCAUCGGCACUGACUAAAGUACCCGACGGCGCCUGGUUCACCAUUCUUCUUGCCUGCCUCCUCGGAUCCAUAUUCAUCCUCUGGCGAUUCGGGAAGGAGCAACAAUGGGGCGCGGAAGCUAGCGAUCGUUUCCCAACGACGCACUUCGUAAAGACCCUGCCAGACGGCCACCUAGAGCUGACCGAGCAGUAUGGCAGCAAAUCUGUUGGAACCAUGGAAGGUUUCGGCAUCUUCUUCGACAAAGCCGGCGAGACAACUCCUAUAGUCUUCAGUCAGUUCAUCCGCAAACUAGUCACCAUCCCCGAGGUCAUCGUCUUCUUCCAUCUUCGGCCGCUAGAAGUACCCUUCGUCGCUCCAGAGAACCGAUACAGUGUUUCGCGACUCGCCGUCCCAAACUGCUACCGACUAGUAGUCCGUCACGGCUACAUGGACGAAGUCAUCACCCCAGAUCUAGCAUCCUUGAUCUACGAGAAAGUCCGCAACCACAUCGUCGCACGGGCUCUGGAGCGCGAUGGUGAAAUAUCAGCCAAAGCUACCGGCGCCCAGCCUGAGAAGACCAUGGUUACCGAGACUGUUGCUGGGAGUGGCAUAUCAACUCCAACGCGCAGCUCAACUACUUCUGCCCGUCUGGAAGCCCUUGAACGUGCGUACAACCGUGAAGUAUUGUACAUCAUUGGUAAAGAGCAGAUGAAGGUUAAGGUCGGUGCGAACAUCGUUCGACGAUUCUUUUUGAAGGCUUUCUUGUUCAUUCGGGAUAAUUCGAGAGCGAAGAUUGCGAGUUUGGAUGUUCCUAUGGAUAAGGUUAUUGAGGUUGGCUUUGUGAAGGAUGUGUAA